AUGUAUCUUUCAGGGGAAGAUGGAAAACUUGCAGAUGUGAAUCCUUCAUUAGGAAUAAAAAGCAAGGAGUUGACAGCAAGUGCCGAAAAAGGAGAGCGGGUUGUCAUCUUAGAAGAUACAAUUCUAGACGAGUUCCAAGAACAACGAGCGAAGUUCAGUAUUCGUAAGGAUGCCGAUCCUCCACCAAUCGAAGUAACCGAUGACGGCAAGACCGGUGCUGAAAAAGGACAGCAGGUAUUUCAAUCAAAUAUCAAUCAAAAAUCGAAUGAGCGAGAAUGUCAUGUGUCGCAGAGUAAGGUCGUAGAAAAAGGCAGAGGGCAGGCAGGGUCAAGAGAUGACAACAUUCAAGAUAAAUCUUGUGAUAGAAAAUCGAAGGAUGAGCGCCGCAUUACUUCGCAGAACAGAUCGUAUGGUAAAGAGACGACAAAGGAUCGUGGCAGUGCUAUACUUGAUAGAUCACAGGUAGAAAAAAGGAUCAGAGCAGUGUCUUGGAUAAGUCAAGUGACAGAAAAUCGAAGCACGACCGUAGUGCCGCAAAGUCGAAAUCCAAACAUAAACCUAAGGUAA